AUUAAAAUACUGAUAUUAUUAACUAUUUUAAUUUAUGUUGUUAGUGAAAAAUUUAAAUUGAAUAUUAUCGUUUAAACUGAUUCAUUUAAAUGUUCGGUUACAGUGGUUGAAUAAUAUAUUUUUGGAUCAUAAAUUGUAGUUUUUAUCGCGAAAAAUGGAUACGGUAAAUGAAGAUCCACCGCGAGAAAUUAUAUUAAAUGUGAAGUUUAUCAAAGUUAGUGAACCAAUUCUAAUAGACGACGAAGAGAAAAGGUGCAAGUACGACGGCUAUCCACCUGGAUACAACAAAGUGUUCGAGUACAUCUACCCACCAGAAGAAUGGAUGGAAGACGGAGUGAAGUGGCGACGGGUUGCGUCCACCGAGCCGGCCGAUCGGAAUCAUGUGUUGGCUUUAGCCGAAGACCUCAAGUCCAACUUAUCGUACUGGCAUGCCAGAAUGCACGGAGUGUGUCUAGUCAGGAGAGAAUUGUACACGCAGUGUUUCAAUGAACUGAUACGACAAGUGUGUGUGAAUAGUAUUGAUCGAGGCCAAUUGUUAAUCAAAAUUCGAAACGAAUACAACGCAAGCAUAAAGGCUCAUAAACUUUUAUUUGAAAGUGGUUUAAUAUUUAGAAUUAAGCAUACUACAUUGGAUGAUCACAAAGAUGACGUGACAGAAAAGGAUAUACAGGAUAUAGAAGACGCACAUGUUAAAUUAAAAAAAAAAUUGGUCGAUGCAAACAAUAAGUAUAAUAAAUUAAAAACUGAUUUAAAAAAUGAAUUGAAUAAUUUGAAAGAUGCCAACCAACAUGAGUUAAGUUUCUUCAAUAGAAACCAUGAAGCAUUAAAAGAUCAACUCAAAUUAAUACUUUCAAUGAAUACAUAACUCAAUUCAAAAAUAAUCAUCACGGUCAUUCACUUGCGAUUGUUUGUUGUUAUGCAAUAAUGAUACGUAUAUACGUAUUUACAGUAUUAAAGAUAUUGAAACUA